AUGAUCAACGACGCCCUCAAUGGACAGCCCCCAACACAGCCAGUACAACUUGUUCCCGAUGCGCACAAGUUAGCGACGGCGGAUGAGUUUCUUCCACAUUUUGCAGCAGUCAUUCAAGAGAAGGGAAUCUCUCAGCGAGAAGCCCGCGCAACAUGCACGUGGCCAGCGGACGUGUUUGUCGACUUUCAAUUCUCCGAUACGCUGGAGUGGGUUCUCGAGGACCGGCCAGUGUUGGAGAUAGAGCUGCGCCGACGCGAGUGGCACGACUUUGUUCAGAAGGGCAUGAUACCAUACACGACCGUAAAGGAUCGGUUUCUGGGAAGAGGUUUGGUCAUUGUUGCUGGCAAUGCGGACACGAUCAUGCGCGUCAAGGUGAUCCUUCGACAGCUGAACAGACUGGGAUCCAGCAUUCCUAUCGAGAUCCAUUACUGGGACACUGAAAUGGAUAUUGGUGCAAUGGCGGAUCUCAAUGCGUUGUACACCCCGAUCUACUACAACGACUUGUCGAAGCCGCAUAACAUUAUCCACAUCAAGAAGGACGGAUAUUUUGGAAUCAACUACCAGCUGAAGACGGCAGCUUUGCUGAAUUCUCGAUGGGCUGAGCCAAUCCUGCUAGACUCCGACAACAUUCCCAUACUGGACCCAGCGACCCUGUACGAUUCGAUUCAAUAUCAAGAGUACCACUCCGUAUUCUGGCCAGACAUCGCACGUACACGACCACAGAAUCCUGUUUGGGCUAUCUUCAAUACACCUUGCCGGAUGGCCGAAUAUGAGCAAGAAAGCGGGCAGCUAUUGGUCGACAAGACGCGAUUCUGGUAUCAUCUCCAACUAGCGUCAUGGCUGAACAACGAGCAGGGGAAGUACUACAAUGAGAUCCUGCUGGGCGACAAGGAUAUGUUCCGCUUCGCGUGGCAUGCCCUGAAAACAAACUUUGGGAAGCCCAAGAAGUGGGUUACAAGCGUUGGCACGGAAAACGAUGGGUUUUACUGCGGUCAUUCGUUCGCGCAGCAUCAUCCGGAUGACGGGAGAGUGGCGUUUCUGCACGGCGGACUAGUGAAAACAGUGUCUCUGGAGGUGAUGAGGUGGAAUCGCGAUGUUAAGGGAGGCUAUCUUCGGCACUACAAGAGGUCGCCGAGCGAAGAGAGUCCAGAGGUGAACAUUAACGUCGCCAUAAAGUUCGACGGAGCGGCUUACAUGCCUGACCAUUCCAACAAGUUCGAGGCCGCCCAAUGUACCGACAUGUUCGACGUCCAGGCGCGAGACCUGAACGCGAUCCUCCCCGGAUUCGAGCAAACCUUCCGGGAGAUAGGAGGAUACUGGCAACUGGACCAAGAGGACACGGGAAACUUUGGUCAAACCAACCCUUUCCCAGCCGGGUGA